AUGCCGCCCCGGGCAAUCGCCCGUGUCGUCCGUAUCAAAAACCGCUACUGGUACCUGGAUGCCUACCUCAAGACUUUCCUCACCUCAGCAGAAAAACAUUUUAUGGUGGGGUUACCAGUGACAUAUUACGUGUUCACAGAUGCAACGGAGAAAGUACCAAACAUCACACUUGCUUCUCUGCGAUACAUAAAGAUUGUCAAGGUGGAAAAGCACGCCAGGUGGCAGGACAUCUCUAUGAUGCGAAUGAGGACAAUAUCAGAAGCUAUAGAGUCAGAGAUCCGUCACAGAUUUCAUUAUGUCUUCUGUUUUGAUGUGGAUCAGGAGUUUAAGGGGAGAUUUGGGUCUGAGGCACUGGGUGAUUCUGUGGCUUUGCUCCAUGCCCACUUUUAUAAAUUACCAAAAGCCCAGUUUACCUACGACAGAAACCCCAAAUCUAAAGCCUUCAUGGAAACUGGCGAUUUUUACUACCAUGCUGCUAUCUUUGGAGGAAUGUGGCAAAAUGUAAAGCAUUUGGUAGAUGCCUGUUAUCUAGGCAUCAUAGAGGAUAAACUUAAUAAUGUGGAAGAUCUGUGGCACGAUGAGAGCCAUCUAAACAAGUACUUUUGGAUUCAUAAGCCAAGCAGGCUGCUGUCUCCAGAGUACUGCUGGGACCAGAGCAUUUGGGACAAGCAGGAUAUACUUGUCACCCGCCUAGUGUGGGCACCAAAACACUAUGACACACUUCGUAAUGGGUAG